UGACGAACAAUGUAUUUGAAUAUUCUCUCAUCGUCAAUGAUGACAUCACUAGUGCAGAGUUUGGAGCAUACAUAUUCAGUGUCGAAUAUAAUGACAGAAGACAAGAUUUCAUGGUUCUUUCGUCCAUACCGGAUACUCCAGAAACGAGUCUUCCUCUGGUUGUUGGUUCUUCAGUCGCGUCUGUGAUUGUAACUCUGGGUAUAAUUGCUGGUCUGAUACUUUCACGACUCAACCGGCUCAGAGACUACUGGCACUUAAGGUUUCGAUCGUACAUCACACCCAUGCAGAACAUGCCAGAACAUAUCGAUGAUGGAGAGUAUGCUGAAAUCGAUGAUGCUGAUUUAACUGGACUGGGCGCAGGCAACAUUGUGAACCUGUUGUGGAUGUCCCGGAUGAUAACAACAUGCGCAGGCGGGAGAGGCAGCAGAUGGAAGGUGAGGAUGAUGACUAUGAAGAGGUGAGACCACUGAAAGCUACUAACAGAGAGGAACCGACGUCAGAGCAAGAAAGGGGAGCUGGAAUGCAGCAGUCUGACAAGAAUAUUAAGGAUGACAUUGAGGAGGACAUGAUCAUGGCAUUACGUGCCUCCCGUACUGAUUCAGAACCUAGGAUUGCUGUUGUUGGUUGGUCGGCUGAAGGAGGAGAAUCUGGAAAUAGGGCAGCAGCGACUAUAAAUCUGUUUGCGGAAACAAUCUUCACGACUCAAGAACCAGAUGAAACAGACACUGACAAGUUACCCACGGUCAGUGGAAUGUAUGCUGGAAUAGAUGGGAUAACAGCAAUUAAGGCAGAAGAAGAUGAUCCCUUGGAGGAAGGAAGAGAGGAUUAUGUUGAAAGUGAACCUCUUGAUUUGCCUUGCAACAGAUAUGAGUGAGUGAUGCCGCACCAACCUCGAGAUACUUACACAGCCUUGGACAAUGAUGAUGAUAUUACGCAUGAUAAGUAUUCAAAUAUGUGUCACAAGUACUGUGUAAAACCCCUAAAAAGAGGGACAAUUACCCAAACAAAUUUCAAAUAUGACAACACUAGUAAUUUGUCAUCGGCAAUGCGCAAUGUAAACACACUUCCGUCAGUGUACGUCCUGUGUAUGGCCGUCUUGUUGAAACAUCUACGGUACACAGUCGAUUCCUGUUGGUCUCUGUUGACACUCUACCACUGAAGAACUGCCUUCUUGUGGAGGUUGAACUUACACAUUUGUUGCGGAGAUGACUGCCCUGAUUUGCCCAUAAUCUUAGUGAGACGUCACACGUGGCGACCCAGGCCUUGGUCGAUUGCAGCGAUGCCCGUAUGUUGCUCAAGGGUCUUCAGACUGUGUAUUGUAUGACGACUUCAGCCCAGGGAUCGUGCAACUGCUUGAGCGGAUCGUCCAGCAUUAGCCCUGCUCAUGGCAUUCUCACGCUUAUGAUUUGUGUCUCGAAGUAUAUUUUGAAUUUAAUUUCUGAUUAAACUUGUAAUAUUAGAUGCGAUUUCCUGUUUAGCAAUGUCUGUGCGCUUGCAUUGACCAUUGCAUUAGUUGCUACGUUGCCCAAAUGACGCGCUGCAAGUGAUUAUUUUGCUUCAUGCUUUUAUUUUACAUCAUGGAUAAAUUAUGUACCUCAGCAGCCUACAUUUUAAUUGCCGUGUGUAUAGCACAACAUGACUACAAAUUAAUUAAUACCAAUAAUAUGGGUGUCAGGUUUCUAAUGUUGUUGAACGAAAUUUGCUCUGACAUUCAGAUCAGCCCGAAGUGUUUAACCCUGUUGGUGUACCUGCUUAGCUGUCACUACUUGACUUAUAAAGCAUAAUGUUUGCGCAUUAUUUACAUGGAGCAAAUGUGUGCAUUUUGCGUUAAUUGUACAUAUUGCGAGGAGUAUAAACCAACUAUCACUUGUAUGAAAGAAUUGUUUACGUUUUGUGAGCAUCCAUGGAAGGACAACGCUCUCACAUUGUUUAAAAUCGCGUAAGAAAUCAAUGGCACCUGUACCUCGAUAAACCUGCGUCACGUUUGUGGAGCUGAGGCAUGACGGGUACUCUGCCAUGUGUUACAAGUACUUCGUGUGAAUAUGUAUGAGAUGGGUACACACACGUGUAUCACUGUGUCUUUUUGUAAUGAGUGCUUUGCUAUAAGGCCCAGACAGUUAAUCAUUUGUAUAUUAACCUGUAAUGGUGUCAGUAUAUAUUUAAUUUAUAUGUUUGUGUUGGUUUAUUAUAAACUGUAUAAAAUGUACACAGCUUAAUGCUAAAUACCGAUUGUAUUGAUGCUAUUGUGGUAUAACCAGCAAUUAGCAGUGUGUCGCUUGUUACAAGCACUUAAAAAGAUCAGGAGAGGAGAAUGCAUACAGUUAUCUCUCCGUCUUUUUUUGUAGAUCGAAUGCUUUUAGCUAUUUAUGCUGUCAGUAUAUAUUUUAUAUAUAUGUUAGUGUUGAUUUAUUAUAAACUGUAUAAAAUUUACACAGAUUAUGUGCCACAUACUGAUCGUAUUGAUGCCAUUGUGGUACAACCAGCAAUUAUCAGUUUGCGGUUUGUUACAAGCACUUAGAAAGAUCAGUAGAGAAGAAUGCAUACAGUUAUCUCUCCGUAUUUUUUGUAGACCGGGUGCUUUGUGCUAUUUGUUUAGGUAUAUUGCAGAUGUUUUAUUUCUUCAAAUAUUAAUUAGGUUAGCAUUAAUUACAACUCUUCAUGUAUGUGUCUUAACAUAAUGGAAAUAUGCUACUAAACCCUGAAAGCUGUUAUAAGUAAACUGUACAAAUUGUCUAUAAUACUCUACAUUAUGAUUUUUUUACUGUCAAUUGUCAACAGAUUUUUUUCUAGUCUAAUACUGGUAGCAAAUACACUGUAUAUAUUUCUUGAGAUGAAUUACUGUAAAUUUUCGACAGGUUUUUAUAACCUUAACAUAUUCCUUGCUAUUAUACAAAUUGUUCUCAAUUACAUGGAACGUGGUAUUCCGCAUUCAUGAUCCGGAGCGUUACGUGUGUAUCACUGACACUCAAAUGUUCACACGAACUGUUCAGCAUGGUACUCGGGGCAAGCUCUCGAUAAUCUGAGUUUGUGAAAGAAGUAUAAGCUUAAUUCAGAAAAUAUUACAACAAUGUAGUGAAAAUUUCACUUACUCAUUAUUCGUCAUAAACACGCCGGCGAUUUUGAUUAGUGUAAAAUAUCGUUUUACUAUUUUUUUACAGAUAUUUGUACAUAUAACUUGUACAUAUAAUGACAUUUAUUUGAUAAGAUUAUUACGUGAUAGUUCCCACAUAGAAGUACCACAAAGCCUUAAAUAAUCAGUGGGAGAAUGACUUUGGUCUCAAGUUAAACAUUCUGUUUCCACUUUAGACGACUGGGAAACACUUGUAACGCUGCGAGUACGGGUCUGUUUCAUGAUGAGAAAGAUUUCUGUUUGCAUUUACAUUACAUUUAGCAUUUGUUUCAGCUUCUUUUCAACUAUUUAUUAUGAAUAAAUAAACUAAACGGC